AUGACAUGUGAUUAACCACCAAAUUCUAUUUGUCAUACUUAUACUCCAUAGAGUUCAAGUAAAUAAAAUAUAUAUAAUUACAUAGCUUGUGAAGUUGUUGUUGUAUAAGCUAGAUUCUCUGACGAUUUACUUUCUGUUAUCAUUAAAUUUGAUUUCCCAUUAAAUCUUCAUAUUUUUAUUUUUAAAUUGAAGAAAAUAUUUGAUAUUAAAUAUUACAGGAAAUUACUUUUAAAUUACUUGGCUCGAAUCCAUUGUGUAAUCUUGAUCUUUAUAUUGAUACGAAAUUAAUUAUUAAUCUUUGAGAAUAAGCUAAAAUUGUGUCAGGAAAUAUAUUAAACUUUUAUUCAAAUUAAUUUGGACAUUUGA